GAUCAGUGUGACUCACUCACGGCAGUGCUGCAGCAUGGGGCAGCUGCUGUCCCCAGUGGCUCUACUGCUCUUGGUGUCAGCUGCCUCCCAGGCUGCAGAAGUCCUGAAACCUGUGGUGCUGCUAGACCCUCCGUGGGACAGGGUGCUCCAGGAGGACCGAGUGACUCUCAAGUGCCAGGGGUUCCCCCCUGCUGCGAACAGUUCCAUACAAUGGCUGCACAAUGGGAGCCUCAUCUCAAGCCACACCCCCACCUACACCAUCAGGUCUGCCCGCGCUGAAGACAGUGGAGAGUACAGGUGCGGCUCCAACAUCUCCUCGCUCAGUGACCCAGUGCAGCUGCAAGUCCGCGUUGGCUGGCUGGUGCUCCAGGCUGCACGGUGGGUGAUCCAGGAAGGGGAGCCCAUUCAUCUGAGGUGCCACAGCUGGAAGAACAAUUCCAUGUACAAGGUCACCUAUCUACACGAAGAUGGCAGAGGCGUCAAGUAUUUUCAUAACAAUACAGACCUCCACAUUCCAGAAGCCAAACGUACCUUCAGCGGCUCCUACUUCUGCAGAGGGCUCAUCGGGAAAACAAUUGUAUCUUCAGAGACCGUGACCAUCACUGUUCAAGCCAAUGCAAGCAUCUCGCCCUCCGUUCUGUCCUGGCACCUGAUCGCCUUCGGCCUGGUGAUGGGGCUCCUGCUGGCCGUGGACACAGCGUUGUACUUCUCUGUGAAGAGAGACCUUCGAAGCUCCCUCAACACCCGGAAGGACUACACAUUCGGGUGGAGCAAGGACAUUCUGGACAAAUGACAUCUUGGUGCGGGGGAACUACAAGGACAGUGGCAGCAGAUCUCCAAAUUUCUCCGUGAAUCUGCAACAUCCUCAUCCCCAAGGGGCAUCCCCGCCAGCAACCAGAACCUACACGCAGGGUCCUCCCCACUCCCUGGUCCCUCGUCAUUUCUAGUAGAAGGGAAGGAUGCCACCAGAGACGCCUGGGGGGAUCCGAAUCUUCGAGAGAACAGCCCCUUGGGCAGUCCUGCCGUGCCCUUGCAGCAGAGCCAACACAGGCCCACUGGCAACUCUUGCAUACACAUACAUUGUUCUUGAACACACGGGGCAGUAGAGAAGGGAGGAAUGGGGGAGGCCAAGCCCACAACCCAGCUGGCUGCAACAGCUGCUGCUGCUGUGGGGCAGGCUGCUCCCAGAGACCCCAGUCU